AUGGAAAAAGCUGGAGAGACUUUGGAAAGUGUUAACUUAGGGAAUCUGGACCUCAGACUACAGCAGAAAGACCAGGAGGAUCCAAAUGCGAGUGAAAACAAGCGGAAGAAUGUCAGUGGAAAACAGUCAAGUGUUAGAGAAAAAGCCAGACUCUGGGAAUCUCCCUCCCAGUGUGACAUGGGUUCUUCUGGCGCAAGUUCUGCAAGACAACAGAAUUCAGGACAACACAAGUUUGAGGAUGUUUCUCUCCAAAGUGGAGACAGGCAGAACAAUAGAAGUGGAAGACGACAGGAUAAAGACCAACAAUCUGAACACCAGCAGGACUCUGAUAAAGAACACCAACAGGACUCUGCACAUGGCUCAAACCCCUAUGCUGCCCUCAUUGACCACCUGCGUGCUACUUGGCUAAAAGGAAAGACACGGCCUAUGGAAUAUCGGAGGACCCAGUUGGAGGCACUGGGUCGCUUUCUGGAGGAGAACAAGUGUGAAAUCCUGCAAGCCGUGCAUGCAGACAUGCACAGGCCCCCUUUUGAAGGCGACAUAGCUGAAGUUUCUCUUGUUAGGAAUGAAGUGAACAAUGCACUCAACAACCUGCACAGCUGGAUGAGGGAUAAGCGUGUGUCCAAGAAUCUGGUCGCCACAUUUGACAAGGCCUUCAUUCGCAAGGACCCCUAUGGUGUGGUACUCAUCAUUUCGCCUUUUAAUUUCCCUUUUCACCUCACCUUGAUCCCUCUGGUGGGGGCCAUUGCAGCUGGGAAUUGUGUGAUCGUCAAACCUUCAGAGCUAAGCAAAUGCAGUGAAAAGCUCAUGGCUGAAGUGCUGCCUAACUACCUUGACCCAGAAACGUUUGCUGUAGUGACAGGUGGUCAAAAACAAACUGCAAAAUUACUGGAGAACAAGUUUGAUUACAUCUUUUUUACAGGGGGUGCCCAUGUUGGAAAGAUUGUCAUGACUGCAGCAGCCAAACACCUCACACCAUUGACUUUGGAGCUGGGAGGCAAAAAUCCCUGCUAUGUGGAUUCCUGCUGCGAUUUCCAGUCUGCAGCCAACAGAAUAGCAUGGGCAAAGUUCUUCAAUGCUGGCCAGUGUUGCAUUUCACCAGACUAUGUGAUUUGUACUGCUGAUGUACAAGACAAGCUGAUUCCCUGCUUACGUCAGGCUAUUCGUUCUUUCUAUGGCUGCAAUCCUCAGGAUUCCCCCGACUUUGGCCGCAUGAUCAAUGACAAGCAUUUCAAGCGUGUCCGUGCGCUUCUGGACUGCGGCCGAGUGGCCAUUGGUGGAGAGACAGAUGAGUGUGACCGUUACAUUGCUCCCACAGUGCUGGCUGACGUGAAGGAAUGGGAACCAAUCAUGCAACAGGAAGUCUUUGGACCCGUCUUGCCUAUUCUCACUGUGUCAUGCUUGGAUGAAGCCAUCCAUUUUAUCAAUUGCGGAGACCGCCCCCUGAUUGCCUUUGCUUUCUCCUGUAAAUCCGAGAUUGUGAAUCGAGUACUGGACUGCACCAGCAGUGGUGGCUUUUGUGGCAAUAAUGACUUGACUCAUAUGACUUUGGUCUCCCUACCAUUUGGUGGAAUUGGAUGCAGUGGGCUUGGCAAGUACCAUGGCAAAUUCAGCUUCGACACUUUCAUUAACCAGCGUAGCUGCCACAUACGCACCCUGGGCCUUGAAGUAAUCAGUUGUGUACGCUACCCACCCUACAGUGAACGCAAGCUGAGAUUGCUGAAGCUUGUUACAGAUGUGAGACGCCGGAAAUUUUGCACCCUGUUGUGA